UUAUCGCCGAAAAGAGCGCCGGGGCUGGGCGUGCGUGGCGUGUGCUACCGUCGCCGCCGCUGCUCUCUGGAAAGGAAGGUUUCUCGUGCGCGCGCCGGCUUGAUUCCCGCACGCCUGCAGGAUUCGUGCGACUACCUUUUCUGUGCUGUGUGCAACGUUAUCCGAGUGUGCGAUCCGUUCCGCUGUGCAAAACAAGCAAACCUCGCGCAGGUGCGAGUGAGAAAUUGCACGCUCGUGUUGGUGAUGCCGUCGAGUGCGAGUGCGCGUCGGUGGCGCGCGGGCCGGAGCUCCGGCCGCCAUGCGUGAUGCGCUCACGGUGCUCGGCUAGGACACCCCGCCGGCCGAUGGACGCGUGCGUCGGGAUUCCCACGUGAGUGUCGACACCCAUGGGGAUCAGCCGCGGCUCCGAGCGCUGGACGGCCGACGUGCGACCCAGACUACUAGCACCACCACUGCGCGACCGUCGCUACCACCAACCGUGGUGCUGCUGGCGCCGGUUUUCGUCGCCCGUGCUUCUCUUCUUGGUGGUUUCUGCGCUGCCGUUGCUCGCCGGCUCGGACGCAAACGGCACCGAAGCAAUAGCCAAUGAUGUCCGGAACUGGGCUUGGCGUUUUGGUACAGAGAUCUCCAACCAGAGUCUAUUUGCGUCGAAUUUCACCGAGAUUAAAGAGAACUUCGAGGAGUUCAAGGCCAAGCCUCACCACAAGGACAUCGCGCAGCUGACAGAAAAGAUCCUUAGGGACUUGGGCAACCUAGUCAGCUCCAAGACAGAGUCGCUUAAGGUUUUGAUACAAGAGGCCGAGAAAAAUGCCAAAGACCACAAGUACAGCACAGACAUUGAUUUUCGCUACUUCAACGCUAAGAAGCUGUACCGUCCCAACACGGUGCCCAAGCUGUCGGAUGACGAGGACCCGGAUGACUGGAUGCCCAUGGAGAUGCACCAGGACCGGCGCUUCGACGACGCUGACGUCAACUUCACCUACAGCGCCAUUCACGUGGCCACCAACAUAUACUCGAAAUCGGCGCCGGUGCUCAAUGCCGUCAAAUGGUCGGAGGGGAUGAACUCCCGCUUUAAGAACAACCGCGUCGUCGACCCAUUCAUCGCCUGGCAGUUCUUCUGCAGCAGCACUGGAUUCAUCAGGCUGUUCCCUGCCCGGAAGUGGCCUGACGACGACCCCGACAUGUACGAGUGCCGCACGAGACCAUGGUACGUGCAGGCUGCUGCUUCGGCGAAGGACGUGGUCAUUCUACUUGACGGCAGCGGGUCCAUGAUGGGGCUGCGCAAGGAGAUUGCGCGCAACGUCAUCGUCAAUAUCCUCGACACGCUCACCGAAAACGACUACGUCAGCAUUCUCAGGUUCUCCAACGUGAUCGAACCCGUUGUGAGCUGCUUUCAUUACAACUUGGUCCAGGCCAACGCCAGGAACAUCAGGGAAUUCAAGGAAAAUCUCAGCAAACUUGAAACACUGAACAUCGCAAACUUCACCGCAGCGUUGAAGCAGGCAUUCGAGAUGCUGCAACAUUACAACAAGUCUCGGCUUGGUAGUCAAUGCAACCAGGCCAUAAUGCUCGUCACAGAUGGCGCCCCCUACACCUACGAGGAGAUCUUCAGGCACUACAACUGGCCAAACAUCCCGGUGCGCGUGUUCACCUAUCUCAUCGGUCGAGAGGUGACCGACACCAGGGAAGUGAACUGGAUGGCCUGCGCCAACAGAGGUUACUAUACUCACGUGACGACGCUAGCAGAAGUUCGGGAGCAAGUACUGAAAUACGUACCCGUCAUGAGUCGCCCCAUAGUGUUGUCCCGGAGACAUCCCAUCGUCUGGACUCCCGUCUACGGCGACAUGACGGAGCCCAAGCUGACCGACUGGCUCUGGGAGGAGCGCGAGAAGGCGCAGGUUCGCAAGCUGAUCCUGCAGCAGCGCCUGUUUCGCAAGAAGGACCCCGAGCCCUCGUACUACGCCGACGGGGACGCCCUGGUCGCGGGAGACGACUCCUCGGCCGAAUACUUGGCCGCCGACCAGGCCGACGCGCCGGCCCUGAGGCGCCGCGCACGCUCCUCCGCCUCCUCCUCCUCACAGGCCGAGGCACUGCGAAGGCCGCCCAAGAAAAAAUAUCCGCCGUUAUACACGACAGUGGCGGCCCCCGUGUACAACACCAGCAACGACACUGCUGGAACCGCCAACCUGCUCGGCGUCGUCGGUAUCGACGUGCCGCUGCGGGAAUUCCAGAAGGUCGCCCAUCCCUUCAAGCUCGGCGUCAACGCCUACUCGUUUAUGAUCAACAAGAACGGCCACAUCCUGUUUCAUCCGGACCAUCGCCCCAUGUACAAAGACAUGCUAAAGCCUUACUACAGCAAUGUCGAUCUUCUCGAGGUGGAGCUCCUGGACAACGAGACCGCUGACCGCCUCUUCAACCACGUAUUUGCCGAGAUCCGUAAAAACAUGAUCGACGGCAGAAGAGGGUGGAUGGAGUUUCUGCCCAUGCGAGUGCACCUCGAUGACAUGAAACGGGUUGUGACGAGACGCCACAACUACCAGUACGGCGCCGUGCCGAACAGUUCGUUCUCGUUCGGAAUAGCUGUGCCACAGCCAUACGGCUCCACCGAGAUCCUGGGCGAGGUGCAGGUUCAAUCAAGGGAAGAGGACUGGAGGAAGUACUUCGAAGGCGAAAACUGGAGGGUUCAUCCCGACUGGGAGUACUGUGUCGACAUCCACAGUACGUACGACACGCCCGAGACGAUAAUCAAAGAUUUUCUCGAACGCGUCAUGAAAGAACCCUCCGAAACAUCGGAACGCUACAAGUGGAAGCCGGACUCUAAGAGGCAGUUCUACAACACCAUGGUCUGUGACAAGGAGCUUGUGCAGAGCCUGGUGUUCGAUGCCAAGGUGACCAGUCCGGAGAAGAUCAUGGCCCGUCAACCUUCCAAACAGCUCUAUUCCCAUGUUUCAAACCCCCUUCAUAGGCUACUGGCCUUGUUGCCCAGAGACACGACAUUCAAGAGCAACGGCAUCGUGAUGACUUUUGUUGCUACGAGGAGCGGUUUGCUGCGGUUCACGGAUCAUCGUAGCGAAGAGGAGAAGAACAGCAACUCAGAAAGACCAUUCUACGAGCUUCACACCCGAGCUAUCGACGAGCUGUUCUAUCGACGUGCCGUCGACUUUCAUCAGAUCAGCAACACCUCCUUCAUCUAUUCCGUUCCGUUCGACGCCGGUGCCCGGUACGCGGCCAACGACAACAGUCCCAUCUACGUGACCGGCAGCCGAGCGGUGUUCCUCGGCACGGAGAAGAAAGCACCGGCGGCCGUCGUCGGACUACAGAUCAAGCACUCGGUCUUCGAGGAGAAGUUCCUCAACAUUUCUUCCAAGUGCGAGAACCAGAAGCCGUGCUUGUACACCUGCGGAAACGAGGCUUUGGACUGUUUCCUGUUAGACAACAAUGGCUUUGUCAUUGUGUCUAGCAAUCGCACUCAAGUAGGAAAGUUUUUCGGCGAAAUAGACGACACGCUGUUCCUGUCAAUGGUCAAGUACAACGUCUACAAAAGGGUACGAAUAUACGACUACCAAGCUAUCUGCAAGGACAAGAUCACACCGUCCGGACCCGCGAACUUUCGCACAAGUCCGUUCCACGCACUGUGGAACAUACUUGCCUGGGCCUGGAAGAAGCUUGUCGUGCUGGUGAUGCACUUCGAGGUCUACAACGUGUUCAACUUAGAGUGGAUAGCCACAUCAAGUGACUACGACUACGGCGACUACGCGGCCGACGACGCGCUGCCGAUCCCUAGCAAGACGCGGGCGCGUCCCUGCGACAUGGAGAUCGAGCUGUUCGAGAUGCAGCCCAUGGAGCCGGAGCCCAUCAAGGGCAAGCUGUCCAAGUGCAGCGACCGCAGCUGCGACAAGCAGUUCAUCGUGCAGCCGGUGCCUUCGAGCAACCUGGUCAUGCUGGCCGUGUUCACCGACUGCAACUGCACCAGCACGCCCGCACCACUGGCACAGCGGGAGGUGGUCCCCGACGAGGCCAUCUUCUGCAACCAGAGCAGCCUGCCCAGACAGAGGCCCGACAUCUGCAUCAACUACCAUGCCGAGGAGGCCGAACUGAAAAGGCAAUGUGGCCGUGCCAGCACAUCGCAGACCGCCUCACUUGCUCUUCUGCUCGCCGCCACGCUUCUCGCGAAAUCCUCGUCCUGCUUUUGGGUUUGAAAGGCACCGCACGCCGACGCCGCCGCCAACGCCGUCACCACUGCUGAUCGCAGCCAGCUGAAGAAGAAAAACAAAGCAAGCACUAGCACGCUGUUGCUUCUACGUUUAGGCACAAGCUUCGAAAAGCCGCAUCAGACGACGCGCCUGAUCUCGAUGCCACUGCGACUGCCCGUCUGUGUGUGCGCGCGCGCCGAAUCUCGUGUCACUUCGACGAACAUGUUUGGACGCGCUUUUGCCUCCGACACGGUGCGUUUGAACCGACUACACGCGAUAACGGACGUGUCAUACGGUACAUACUUUUGAGCCACGUGCCUCUUUGCAUACCAGCGACUUGCCGCAGAAGCGCCGCACAUUUCGCGCAUGCGCACUGAGAUGCACAACGUCCACCUGGUGAAAUCCUUCGCUUCCUUGUACGCCCCGAGUUCGGCACAACGCUCUGCAAGGGCUCCUCGAAGAAACAAAAAGAUGACAAAACUCGGCGUCGACUUUGCUUUGCGUUCUUUGUCACCGCCGCAUUGCAAGUUCUAAAGGCUUGCUUAUCCUCUUUCACAACUGGUAUCGAUUCAAAGACCACCGCAACUUGAAGCCUUUUAGAAAAAAAAAAAGAAAACACGCUGCUGCAAUAUAAAGUACGGCUGCUACUGCCAGCUUCGAGCCGUCGCUUCGGAACACCGAGCUCAAGAAGUGCCGAAAACCUUUUUCACGGAUAAUUAAGCUGAACCUCGCGUUUCGGGCGAGCAACCCAAAAAACUUAAGAGUUGCAGAUAUACGACGGUAAGAAGCAACAACAGGAACGCAGCGAUUGUUUACUUCCGUGAGUGUUUCUCUCUCUCUGUCUAAUCGUUACGGUUAACUCAAACAAGAAUGUCGUUGAGUUGAUCCAACGACAUCGCGCCUUUCUGCUGUCUGUGACGAAAUAGACGCCAUCAAAGCGAGAUGGAGGAACGUCCCAGCGUGGCUGUUUGUGAAACCGGUCGUGCUACGUGAAAAAGGACUUCAUCAAGGCAUAUCAGUUUGACGAGAUAGCCAGCGCUGCCAACCGGGAUACCGACCUUUCCUUCGAAAAUCAAAACCGCACUACUACCCCCCUCAAAGACUGUGACUCGUGUUUUUUUUUUUUUUUAAUCUAUACGCUGCCGCGAAUGAGGCACCAGUGAAAUGGACGUGCUUCGAAUCUGCGAUUCUCUUCUGUCUUCAACACCCGUAGACUUCAUUCACGUCACCGAAGAGAAAGAAAUUAUGCACACUUGCGAUGCGAAGCGCCGUCUGUGUGAGCCCGCUCGCUAAUGAAUUCUUUACGUUGGUACGUGCGUUGUCUAUAGCGGAUCACUUCACCGUACAGGACUGUGUGUUUCUUUGUAUCAUCGUCUCUGCCCUUUUCAUCGUAGCCUGUUAGCGCGUAUGACUGCAAUGUUAUCUCUUUUCUCCCUCCCCUCAAUCGCCGAAGUUUAUUCUCUCUGGUCGAGUCGUGAUUAUGGGGAAAAUCGGAGCAGCGACUGUUCGAGUGUUUCUAAAGGCACAGAUGGACCGCGUUUGCAACAUUUCGAUGAGGUUAUCCCAACUUCAUAUUGUACAUGUAGCGCUCUUCACUGCCUAGAGCCGGUGUCCAAAAGGAUACGAUGGAAAAACGAGUCGAUAGCUCCCCGACAGUUUCUCGUUUCAAAACUGCAGCACAGACACGACGCUCCGCCAUGUUAGGCCUAUGUCACAGCUCUAGAUCGGUGUCUAAACACACUCAUAGACCCCAUUUCCAACUUCUCAAUCAGAAGCUAUCCGAUUUUCUUACUGUACACGUAGCACUGUUCACUGCCUAAAGCUGGUAUCCUAAAGAAAAGCACGAUACUCUGGAAGAAACAUGUCGCUAGCUUCCCGACACCUUCUCGUUUCAAUACUGCUCCCAGCUGAUAUGACGCUCCGCCAUGUUAGGCUUAUAUUGUAGCCCCGAAGAUCUGUGCGAAGCCAGGUCUCAGAGUCCAUGCUUAUGCCAGCAUUCUUUAAAGCACCCCCCCCCCCUCCCUAGCGCGCUGCAUACCUCACCAUCUUCGAGCGAUACGCAGAACGCUUUUGCUGCGUUCUCGUUCCUCUGCAAAAUAAACGGUUGUUAAAGAAGCUUACCUCCACUCUACCUUUUGCUUCGAUUGAGCUCUAAAAGCGCUGGACAACGAAAUCAUAGCUGAGGAAUCGUCGAGGGGCGAGAGAUUCAAGCGCAUAAUCAAUACAGAGUGGGCGUCUUAUGCAAUUCUACAGAUAAGUGGACUGACUUGAACCGCUGAACUGAGAGGUAAAGUGACUGUUGCACAUACUCGUGCAUUAAUGUGUCCAUCGAGAACAGCUCGUCGGUGUACACGGAUGGUCGUAUGCAAAUGACAGGAUGCCUAAUAAAAUCAGUGAAACCGCAUUUCUGUGCAAGCUGUAAGAUAUCAAUUAUGAGGCCUUUGUUAACUUACAGCAGCGCACCACGAUUUUAUAGCGAUGUCGCAACGUCCAUGCUAUAACUAAGUUUGUAGGCCAGAAAUGAGUGGGGGAGGGAGGUACCAUACAUUGUUGCCAGUUAUUACCACCACUUGUCGAUAAACGUGCUCUCGUCCUUCACAAAUUUUUGUCAAACAGAAGCAGACGUGAACUGUAGAAAUUGACAUCCUUAUACCAUGUUGUUGGAUUUGUCCAGCAAAAGUUAGUUGUUUCGACCUGCCUUGUUAUCAGGCCACGCUAUCGGCGCUUGUACUUCGGUCAAGUCCCAUUGCACGACGACUCAGGUAGGGCGUAGCACCGUUGCGGAGCAGAUCGGCAGGACUGCAACGCGUCCAGCGUUCAAAGCUACGACGGGGAGUAUCGAGACUAACUUCCGUCAAAUGACGUGGCUGAUUGCUUUGAAACAGAGCUUGCGGCUUUGACAACACCUGAUCAUAGCCACGCACGACAUUCAAAAGCACGUCUUCUAUGCAUGGUAGAACCGAAACAGUCUAAUAUAACCUCCAUCUUAAUACGCAUUCGCUAGGCCUAACGAAGCGUUACUCGGGGUUGUCGCGUUUAAAUCGGCACGGCGUUUAGUUACGAACAUGUAAACCCACCUCGGCUUUGCUUCCCAAACCAGAGACGAUUCACGAACUGAAACUAACCAAUCACGUGCUCCUUGUUGUCAUACGUAAGGAUUAAAUGCAGCUUUUUUAACGCCCCUUGAUCUCCGUGGUGUCGCUAUACUCCAUCUCACCAGCUUCAUGGCGCGCAGAGAAAGGUCUGCCAUUCAGAAAAGAGCUACGAUUCUCCUUCGUCUAUCGCGACUUCAAGUCGCACGCACAAUGUCAAGUGGUGUUCUAAACUUCUAAACAGUGGCAGGUGCAGCCACACAUUUGCUUGAACUGAAACCGGUAGGGGGUGGGGGGGGCGGCUCUUGUUUUACGGAUUACUGCCAACCAUAGGAUAUAUACUACGAAUUUUGUUAACAGCGAUCCCUCGUAUUUCUGCCGUCAUCUGUCAAACAGGCAACAUGACGAAAGUGCGCGGACGGACGGCACGAUUAGAGGAGGGGAGUGUGCGUUGAACGGCUAAGAGGGAGGGGGGGGGCAGUGCCCCCCCCCCCCCCUUUGUAUCCGCCACUGGUUCUAAAUAACGAUGUAGCGUUCUUCCUGUGAAAGGAAUAUAUGCUUUUCUGUUUCAUCCGCAAUUCUCAGUACAUAUUGGAAUGCGCCCACGCCGAUUCGUCUCGAAGAAGCUUCGGUCUUAUUUGUGCAUACGUCGCUGUGUGUGCGUGUGUGUUUUGUCGCGAUCACCUAUCACUCGAACUCGUGCGUCACUUCGACGACUGGAACAAUUCUUGCUCAAGCGAAAUGUGCAAGUCGUGAUAGCACCCCUCCUGUGUCUGUGUUCAUCGUCUAUUUCCUAUUUUUCUUUUUUCUUUUUUCCACGCAGUCCUUGCGCAGUGUUUGGCACGAAACUUUGAUGAUGAUGUGCGCAGCGUUGUGAAAUAUUGUAAUCCUGUCACGUGUGUACAGACAGUUACGCUUCCAAAAAAAUGGAUCUCGUCUGUUGUUGGCGACGAAAAAAAAAAAAGGAACCGGCAUUUCUUUACGAACGCCGGUUGUAGAGUACGGACUAUAUAGACGAUCUUCUGGUUGCUGGAAAGUUUCUUUAGACUAUGAGUGUAUAUUACCUUUGUCACACUAGCUUUUUCUUUUUGUUUUGAGUGUUCUUAGGGGUAUACAGUUCGUAGCGGUUGUACGGAGCGCGAUUGCCAACGACUUCACGGCGUAUACAGGAGUGUUUAAGUGAGGCUGACCAAACCCUUUUCUUUAAAAUAGUCGGGAAACGAUGCAGAACUGUGCGUCAAAAGCUUUCACGGUGCUGUACUGUAGCUAUGUGAACUUUCUUUGCUCUAGUACUUCACAUGCACCCGAUGCAAAAGUGGGCAUGCCGGUUGUACCGCCCGCGAAAUGAUUUUCCUCUUAACGUGGUCACCGAGAUCCGUAGCAACAGGUUGACACAGAAUCUCGGAGGCCACGCGGUUUCUCUAUGCGUAUUUGUUUUUUCAACGUUUGGCACUGUUAACGUGAUGCCGAACGACACCUUGUGAUGUACCGAUAGCCCUCUCUAUGUUGUGACGUCACAAAAAGCGCUAGAGUUAACUGAGAACGUGAGGAAAACACUCGCGCCCUCUAGGAGAGCGCGAACGGGUGAAUGCCAACAUUCAGAGAUUGAACGGUUCGUCGUACUUGACAUGUCACAGCCAGAUUCCUGCGGUACGGCAAAAAUCUGGCUGUGUAUCACGCGUGCAGACAACUUAGGAUGAUUGAUGGCGAUCAUUUCAAACUUUAAAGGAAGUCGACAAGGUUGCGGUCUCGUGGUCAAUGUCAGGCAUCUCCAAAUCGUCAGAUCACUCUUAAUUUUCAUACAAGUGCAGCUAACGGUCUGUAGGCGUCCGCAAUGUCACGGAAGUUCUCACCCAAAAAUGCUUGUGCAUAUACAAGGUCUGUGGAUUAAUCCGACCUGAUUUGUUGACUAGUCAACCAAUCGCGUUGGGCCUCGAGAUGUCGCGCUCUUACUACUGGUCAAGCGGAAACCUGCAUGCUUUCAUACUUGGACAUGCUUGGAUUGCGCCAUAGUUAUGCACAAUUUUGGAGACAGCUGCCAAUGCUACGUACGGUAUUUAGGUUGUGCGUAUGUUCAUGUGAGGCGACGAUGCUGCAGGUUCUUUGUCUGCAGUCACCAAGAAUACCUAGGCCCAUUUGCCCCCUUUUAUUGUCCUUCUCCUUAUUUUCCAUUCUGUUCAAAGGAGAUGUCGACUGUUUUCCGCAAGUGCUGCAAUGCACGCGCGCUGGUUUUGUGACGUCAGCCGAUUCGCGAGCUCGAAAGAGUGACGUCAAAAACUCCUGUUGGUUGUCCGCCGUUUCGUUUCUCAUUUUGCCCUCCGCCGGCACCGCGUGGAUUGUUCUAAGAAGGGAGCGUUGAACUAAGUUCGCAUACAGCGUAGUUCGCAUAUACCGUUUAGCUCAUCCCCUGUACCAUUUAAGCAGCGUCUCUACUAAGUGCAUGUAGGUUUUUCCGCCGUUUCGUCGGCGACACUGGCAAAAUUUGCUCUCGAGAGCAGUAGGAAGAGUAAAAAAUGAAAGCCUUGAGGUGAUGUUACUUCGCACGAAGUAUGAUUAAACCGAAGUGGUUUGCAGAUCGCGAUUCGCCGACUGUGUGUGUGGGGGGGGGGGGGGACGCAGAUACGGAAACAUUUUCAGGUGCUGUUCCGUCGAGAUAUUGCCGCCAUUUUUUUUCUGGAGGCUGUUUCUAAAGCAGGGCGGGGCGCCGAUCCGCGUACGGUUAGCACUCUACGACUCAGUUACGUAAGGUGGCGUAGAAUUUAAAAAAAUAAGGAAAUGACCACCUUUUGCAAUUGUAUACAUGGACAGAGUAUUCGUUUUCGCAUUGUCUUCACUCCAGACGAUGCAGGUUUGCAGCGAGCUUCUUGCGAAGUUGUGCCAGUUCUCAUUUUGAGUAUUUCUUUAAUAGGAUACUAAAUGGUGACCUCGUCCUCAUGUUCCCGUACCAGCUCGCUGUGACGUCAUGGACGGUUAGAGUAGCUGCUGAAGAUUACUUAAUUGUACUCGCGAUAAACAAUGACCACAUUGCGAUCGAAAGGCGCCGAAGUCUCAGCUUAGCAAUUGUUUUGAGAACUUAUCAGGGAUAACAUGAGCGUAAAUACAAGAUAUUGGCUAUGAUGACGUCACACUUCCGUACAGCCAUGGACAACUUAAACGCAGACAAGAAAUUACAAAGCCGAAUAGGUUUCGCGAGAGGCUGGGAAGCCUAGUCAAGCUCACUAGAGCUUUUCCUUCCCAUGUCCUCAGCUCUUUCAAGUGGUAAAUUGAUUGAUUGAUUGAUUGAUUGAUUGAUUGAUUGAUUGAUUGAUUGAUUGAUUGAUUGAUUGAAAGCAAUAUCUCGAACCGCGAAUGAUAUGGCUGCCAAAGGUUGUUAUUUGGGCCUCAAAUUAAGCGUGCAAGCGUAAAUCUUUGCUGAUAUUAGGCCUACAAACGCUAACGAAAGAACGGGUUUCCAUUAACCCUAAUCUCUCCUUUUCCGUGACCGCAUAAUUUUGCUGAGAUGGGGGCGCGAACUGGCAAAGAAACAUGAAGCCUCCAUUUCCGGUACCGAUAAUAGUCUUGCUGCCAACUUCUUAAAAACGGAGCUUUACGAAUGAAGGCUUAAAAUUUGCCAGCACUGCUUCAACGUUGAUAUGCUUAUCCUUCCUUCGGUCUUUGUUUUUUUUUUCUAGCUAACUCUAAUGACAGUGGCACAGCUGCGAUGAGGAGUUCAGAUUUAGUGUGUUCUCUCCUGUUUUUGAAAUCGUUUUUCAUCGCCCUUGUUGCUGCUAUUUUCCCUUGUUCCACUUCCAUUCAGGAAACACUUUAUGCGGAAGCACUGUACAUACAUAACGCAACACGAUAGGCUGUUUUUGUACAAAAGGACGGUCGACGACGAAGGUCUUUCUUGCGCACCGUACGCAUGGCUAUAACUCACGGUUCUACUAUAAACGAAGUCGUUUCUUUUCUUCCUCCUAGUGUCAACAUCGUCGACUUGUGUUUCCUUCUUGUAUUUUGAUUUGCACUUUGUACUUGUACUUUGUAAUCAAAGUACAAACUGCUUUGUACUUUGAUUCUUCUUCGGUCGUGCUUAUCGACGACAGAGGCGUGUAUGUGUUUGCCCCUUUUUCUAAAAAGCUUGACCAGGUACGUAUGCCCAUAUGUGCAAUAUACGGUGCCAUGCCGGAGACUUUAGUUGUUCUUUUUUUCUCUGUCUCUUUCCGCCUCUAUGGUGCAAUUAAAGCGACACGUAUGUGGUUUUCA